AUGGGCGACGGCAAGCUCCUCAACAGCUUCUUGGCCUUGUCGCUCUUCUUCGCGCUCUGCCCACCUUCCACCGUCUCCCGGGACGCGGUGAGAGAUCGGUACGAGGGUUGGAUCGCUCGACAUGGCCUCACCUACAAGGACAAGAAGGAGAAGGAGCAGCGCUUCAAGAUCUACCAAUCCAACUUCCUAAAGAUCAGCAAGUUCAACGCCGAGGACCAUGGCUACAAGCUCACUGACAACAGGUUCGCGGACAUGACGAACGAGGAAUUCAGAGCCAAGCAUAUGUGCUUGACCGACGACCCACAGACUACUACUCCUCCUCCUGUAAAGAACUCCGGCUACCUGUCGUCUCAGGUGGAAACGGUGGACAUAUCGUCGAACAGUUCUCAUAGCAUGAAAAGUCACGUCCCCGAGCACCUGGAUUGGAGGAAAAAGGGAGCCGUCACCGGUGUUAGGAACCAAGGUCAAUGCGGGUCUUGUUGGGCCUUCUCCGCGGUGGCAGCGAUCGAGGGAAUCACCUACAUCAAGACCGGCAAACUGAUUCCGCUGUCGGAGCAAGAGCUGGUGGACUGUGACAUCAACGGGAAAAACCAUGGUUGCAGUGGAGGGUUCAUGCAAAAUGCCUUCGAGUUCGUCCGAAGCAACCAUGGGUUGACUUCCGAGUCCAAGUACCCUUACAAAGGCUUCCAGGAAGAGUGCAGAGGCAACCAACUCCACGACCAUGUCUCCACCAUUUCCGGCUACAAAGCCGUGACCGCCAGGAGCGAGCACAGCCUGUUGGAGGCCGUGGCGAAGCAGCCGGUGUCGGUGGCAAUAGACGCCGGCGGAUUCGGCUUCCAGUUCUACUCGCAUGGCAUCUUCGACGGCCCCUGUGGGUCGAGUCUCAACCAUGGCGUGUUGGCGGUCGGAUAUGGAACCACGGAUAAGGACAUGUUCUGGAUCGUGAAGAAUUCAUGGGGUGCAGGUUGGGGAGAAGACGGCUACAUCAGGAUGAGCCGUGAUGUCUUGGACUCCGAAGGCUUAUGUGGGAUCGCCACGAGAGCCUCUUAUCCCACAAAGUAGUAUGCCCUCUUCCCAUGGCAAUAAAAUCUGGAAGAAGACCCACCAUCG